ACUAGCUGGCUUACCUUUGGCCAGGUGCAAAAUUAAUAUUCGUUAUCAGUUUGUAAGCCCUGUGCAUGUGACAAAUAAUGCCAACUGAUUUACGGUCUGCGUUCCACACAAAACACCGUCAAAAAGCCCGGCAGGCUUAGCAGGCGGCUACUUUCGGCUCAAAUGCAGGUGCAUUUCAGGACGUGCCACCUCCACUGCCAGGACAUUCACAGGACAUUCUCCCUGCCGAGCGGUAAUUUACCGAAAGGACCAAACGGCCGAAACUCAAUUUAUGCGAGCGAACAAAUCCUCGAGCUGGCAGAAGUACUCGUACAAAAUCCGUCGUUCGUCGGCUUCCUGUCAUCAUCACGGAGCAGCGAGAAUGGCCCAAAUCCUCAGCUCCGAGCAUUGUCAGCGCCCCUAAAUGGUUCAGAUUGCGGCGCAACAACAACCGCCAGGACGAGGACCGCAGCCAGGACACUGCACCCCAGCAUGGCUGCCCACUGGAUGUGGAUGUGUGUGGGGCCACCGAAAGUCCUUGCUGGCUGGUUGGGUGGUUGGUAGGUUGGUUGGGUGGUGGAGCUCCGACUUCGGUUGCGGUUUCUAUUUUGUGGUAAUUUCCGUUUAUGUUUUUGAAUUUUUUACUCACGGCUGCGCAAACACAACUGACUGCUGAUGAUGUUCGGUCGCCUGCACAGGGCCCACUGUACUUUAACGAUUGUCUCCGGUGAACUUUGCUCCCCUCGCUUGUAUUUGUUUUUAUGGAAUUAAAAAUUCCUGCUGGCGAAGGACUUCAAUAAAGCGGCGCCGCAAUUCCAUUCCAUUUAAACAAAGGGAUUUUUAAGGCAUAUCUGCCGCUUAAUGGCCAGGUAGUGAUUUGGCCAACCAAUUAGUUUGUUACCAUAUAUUUGGUAAGAAUGUUUCGUCUUCUAUUACAGCUAGUUUAGUUGAACUAACGUAGAAUUAAAGCCUUCCUUCACCUGAUUUACCUGUAAAAUAAAUACUUUUAUUGCUCAGCAGCUUAUGCGAAAAGCCAAAGUUAAUCCGAAUAUUGGGAAGCUCUUUAUCGAUAUGUGUUUUUGAUUCGUUUUAUAUGCAUAUGCAUAAGUGAAGUGGAGUGGCCAGCAAACAAUUGUUUUGUGCAACCCGUCGAUUGGUGUUGUUUAAAAUGCAAAUGGUAAAAGCAUUGCUGAGAUAAGCACCACAUUUGGCACCUGCAACACACACAAAAAAUAGCUUGUAUUAAAAGUAUUAUUCUUUCACGGCUGCUGUGCAUAUUGUGCAUUAAUAAAAAAUACACAAUAAAAAAUGAAAAACCGAGAAACAGAACAGCAAC